AUGCCGACAACGAAAAAAACCAACAACGAGGCCACCGGGCCCCAACGUGCGAGCGAAUUCAACGAUGCGCUUCAAGCAGUGCCAGGACAAGUCGCCAUGAUGCACGUGUUGCAAUACUCAUACAUGGCACAGACUACACUUCGGAAGUGCGACUUUGAGGAGCUGAUCGAAGCGUCCCAAGAGGCGGGCAAGAUUCUGCAUGAAUGCGGUUCACCGAUUGACUGCACAGGGAAUCAAACUUGGCCUGAGGAUGCGGAGAAGGUCAACACUCAGAUCAAGGAGAAAUACGGCGAGUUUCCAGCAGUUGUCGACGGAUUUAAGAAGCACGUUGAACAUGCUCGGGCGGCGAUCGCAGCGAGUAGGCGAGGGAUCUAG